AUGGCUACCCACAGCACGCGCAGGGGAGCUGAGCGACCGCCAUGGCUCGGCCCGCUGCAUCUGCACGUCAUCGUUGCCCCUCCGGCGCCCGGGCCGCCUCCGAUGCGGCUAGACCGCGACGCGCCGAGGUUUAAGACGCGUCUCACUGCUCGUGCACCUCUUCUUCUCUUCACCAUCUGCAUCCACGAACCAUCAAAGUUCUCAUCGCAGCCAAGCCCUUUCAUCAACGCUUUGAUUCACAGCCACUUUCGAUUGCUUCUUCAACCAUCGGCAUCGACAAUGAACUCAACUCGCCUGCGAGAGCUCCGGGAGCUCGCUGAGAGGAUCCGCAUCAACCAGCGCGAGAAACACCGGGAAACCAUUGAGAGAAUCCACGUCCGUCGUGCUGCAGCCGAGAUACGUCGCAGACGCGCUGCAGACGCGUCACAGAACGCGUUUCAUUCGGACGCGUCAGGCAGCAGCCCCGAGAUGCCGACCAGUUACGACCAGCCAGUCAACCACGACCAGCCAGUCAACUACAAUGAGCCAUUCAACUACAAUGUGCCAUUCAACUACAAUGAGCCAGUCAACUACAAUGAGCCAGUCAACUACGACGAGCCCGUCAACUACGAUGAGCCAGUCAGCUACAAGCCACUCAACUACAAGCCAGUCGACUACAAGCCAUACGACAUUCACGGCCCACGUGACAUUGAAGAAGAGCGCCGCAGGUUCAACAAGCUCAUGGGUCGACGAGACCCACUAGCGGAAAUGGCUUACUGGCAACAAGAGGAGUCAGAUGACUCCGACGACCCCAAAUAUCACGUGCCGCCCAUCCAAAACAAGGCCUUCAGGCAUGCACUACCCACUCCCCACUCUAUCAAGUGGUGGAACGCAUACCGUGAUCCGGACUGGGACCCGGAGACUGCCCAUGUGGUCCCUCAAGAACAGAUCAGACCCCUUUCUCCUCAGCCUGAGACACCAUUGAAAACAGAUUUCGAUUGGAAGUUAACCAACAACCCGGACUCAAUCCUGGCUUCAACUCCACUUGUCACAAAGCAUGACAUUGAGGAGCCACAGACACCUGAACAGUCAUCCGUAUCCGAGGAAUCUCAAAAUCUACCUCUCACACCAACUCUUCCACCAAUCGAAAUCGCACCACCCGCAGAGGGAAAAGACCCAAACGCGGACCCUCCAGACGAGACGCGUGACCUUCUUCGAGCACUGAGUCGAAAGUUGGCCAAGACAUCAUCUCCAAUUAUCUAUGACGAGGAUUGGGAUCCCGUCAAGCGUUGUCCAAAGAAAGCCACGAAGCAUGGUCCGUCUACCGAUGAUAAGCAUGGCCCAUCUACCGAUGAUAAGCACGGUUCAUCUACCGAUGAUAAACGCGGUUCAUCUACCGAUGAUAAACACGGUUCAUCUACCGAUAAUGUCCCAAACCAGCCUACAAAUUCUGGACGAGCAGAGGAGGCCAGAGAGCAAGAGGCUCUCCAACUGCGGUCGAUGAAUUCGCGACUGCACGCCGCAAGCAGAAGCAUCCGAGAUGCUUAUCGCAACGCAAGACAGCUUGUCGAUUCGGUCGAUACAGCCGAGCUCAUGGGACACAAAUGCAAGGCGUGCGAAACCUGCGGUCACGUCGAACAACACCCCAUUGUAAUGAUUUGCACCGGCAUCAAGAGGCUCUUGAUCUCCUCCGACAACAGCCACGGACGAACAAACUUCACCUGGUUCGGUCUCAUCUUCAUGAUUCUUUCCCUUUGGUACACGACGGAGAUUGCAAUCUCCGAGUUCUUUGGCACCACCGAUUAUGCCUCAACAAUGCAUGGUUACGGCGUUUUCCCUGAUUCACCACGAUACCCAUUUGCGCUUCUUACUCUGAUUUCAUGGAUCCCCCCAUUCAGCUGGCUUAUUCCACUGUUCAAAGCGAAUGUGUUUUACGAAGCAACGAAGACUGUCCAAGGUUUUUGA